UAAUAAGAGUUCGCGAUAAUAUCUAAUGAGGCUACUCUUUUUUAAUAGGCGAAUUUUAGUAUUUUUUUCGGUAAAUAUUCAGCACAUUUACCUAAAAGUUUGACGUAGAUCUGCAAAUUAUGUAAAAGAAAUGGCGCUACUGUUAAAGCGAAAUUUGAAGAAAAGCAGCUAUUGAUUGAACGUGAUGAGCUGGGAGCAAGACUCAGGACCUGCAGAUCACGAUAUUCCGAACGAAUCCUUAUACCGCUUUGCAAUCUCCAAUAUGUACAUGUACGAUGAGGAUUAUGAUGACAAUCCGGUAAGCAAAACAAUAGAAGACUGUAAAGCAGAGUUUCAGAACCAGACUGAUUAUCUUCAACAACAUUACCGCAAUGGCUUUUGUAAUGUUACUUUUGAUAGUGUAAUGUGCUGGCCACCGACACCAUAUAAUGAAACUGCGACCAUUAAAUGUUUCAAGUAUUUAUUUAGCAUUAGGUAUAAUGAUACACAAAAUGCUACCAGAAAAUGUGAAAAUGGAAACUGGACGAGACCGAAUUAUGAUAUGUGUAAAGAAAUAAUGCAAAUUCCGGAAGAUAAUGCAAUACAAACUUUAUUAUAUUUUUUGGGGUUCACUUUGAGUCUGGUAACCUUAGUAAUAGCAGUAACCAUUUUUAUAUAUUUCAAAGAAUUACAUUGCCUUAGGAACAAGAUUCAUGUAAAUCUAAUGUUUUCGUACAUUAUAAUGUAUUCGACAUGGAUUGUAAUGCUUAUAUUAAUUAAUCAUAGGGAUGAUUCCAUAAUUGUUUGUGGAUUUGGAACAACUCUUUUACAUUAUUCACAUGUGUCUACGUUUUUCUGGAUGUUCGUGGAAGGCUUCUAUCUAUAUAAUCUGGUUGUGACAACAUUUAGAAAUAAAAUAUUUAAAUUAAGGAUAUAUGCUAGCAUAGGAUGGGGAAUACCCCUCAUUUCUAUUGUAAUAUGGGCAGUUAUUAAGAGUUUUCUAUCAAAGGACGGGAAUUGUCCCUGGUUGUAUGAUGAUUCAAUUGACUGGAUUUACCUAGCGCCUCCUCUGUUAGUUGUGUUUCUCAACUUAAUUUUCCUCUUCAGUAUAAUGUGGGUUUUGAUAACAAAAUUGCGAUCGUCCACAGGCGUUGAGCACCAACAACAUUAUAAAGCUGCCAGGGCACUUCUUGUGCUAAUACCACUUUUAGGAGUCACUUGGGUCAUUACUAUUUAUGUUCCGUCCGAUAAUUUGCGAAACGUAUUCGAGUCUCUGAGAAGCAUACUUUUAUCAACGCAGGGUUUGACAAUUUCAUUAUGCUAUUGUUUUCUGAAUACAGAAGUUCAGAAUAUCAUCAAACAUCACUUCGAAAAUUGGAAAGCACGUAGAUCUUUAGGAUCUCAUUUAGGAAGAAAAAGUACAGAUUGGCAUUCAGGAAUGAAUAAUAAUCGACACACUGAAUGGACUUUGGUAAGCGCUAGCGAAGUAGAAGCUGCUACUCCUAACAAUCACAAUACAGAAACUACUGAAACUACAGAAACUGCAGAAAUGAAAAAUGAAGAAGGAUAAUAAAAAAAAUAUAUAUUUUAAUCUUUUUAGUACCUGAUAAUUUUAGAUUUUAACUUUUUUAAAACAUGUUUCUAAAAUAUAAAAUGUUAAUAAUGACUUUGUUGAUUCCAAGAAUCUUUAAGAUUAACAUUUUUGCGAGAACGGGUUAAAUUAUUUUUACUUUAAAUACAAAAUCAAAGUCAAUGUAAUGCUUGAUGCAUUAAAAUGAUUAUAAUUUUUUCAAUUUUGGAUAGAAGAAUUCGUAGUUUUUGUAUAUUUACUCACAAAAUUACUAACAUGAUAUUUUGUAAUAAACUUGUAAUUACCCACCAAAUUUUAGAUAAUUUUUAUUAUAUUAUAUAUUAAGAAAAAUGUCUGUUUUUUUAAAUCUCAAAUUGUAGACGUCUAUAUUUUCCGUGUUAAAUCUUACAAGCCACAUAAGGGGUCACGCAAGAAUCAUAUUUCUAAUCAUUACUCUUUUUAAUAUUCAUUAAGUAAAAAAAAUUGUUUACAAUUUGAAUUUUUUAAUAUACAAUGUGAAUCCUUAGUUGAUAUUUUUUUUAACCGUGUAUAGAAGUUUACAGAAUUAAAAAAUAUAAUUCCGGAUCUGGACUUGUGCACGAAAAGUUACGCUAAGUAAUAAGUUUGUUUUUAUCUUUUUUGUUUUGUUUUUCCUAUGAUUCGUUGUGUACCGGUUAUUGUAAUUCAGACCGGUGUGAUUUUAGCAGUGUUUGUGAAGCAAAUUGUUCCCUGUGGUAAAUUGAAAUGCGGGUGAUUGCAGAGAUCACGUCAUAGAAAAGUGUGGGCAACAUUGCGGGAAAAUCAGCUGUAUUCCUUUGACGUUCACUUGUUAUCUUGUUCAAGCAUUACAAGUUGAAGAUUUCUCCUGCAAAGUUGUUUUGUUCUUACAACAGCAUGAAUGUGAUUAACAUUUUUCGAAAGUUCUACACAUUAUUUAAGUUAGGUUAGGUAUUGGAAUAUAACAUUUUUAUUUUUGAGUUUUUUUUAAGUUGUUUAUUUCUAUACAUAGUUUAAUAAAUGUAUCAACUUAGGAUUUAUCCUGUAUAUAGAUUUUUUUAAGUUUUUUUGCUGUAGGAUCAUUUGACGAUUGUUUAAAUAUUAGGCAGGAUUCUCCAACUUAAUCUCAAUAAAUAAGUGUUUUUUAAAUGUAAAUAAAUGUUUGUGUAUUUCAUUCAUUAGGGAU